AAGUAUGUGAUAAUUAAUCAUCAUGCCUUUUUCUUGCACUUGCUAAAAAGCAGCUGCAUCUCCUUCCCAUCAUACUUGUUUGACUGUAGAUCCACUUUUCAAUUUUUUCAUCUUUUUAAUCAGCUUUUUUAUCUGCUUACAAACCUUCAGUAAGUGAAGCGAUGGAGCAAGAGAUGGCGGAGUAUCUUCCUUUAGAUCGAGGAUCUAAAACGGAGGAUUCAGAGAAGCAAACUUCUUCACAUUCUUCUCCGAUUCCAAUUAAAAGUAGAAAAAAGGGUGGAUUUAUUACCAUGCCUUUUAUCAUAGCAAAUGAGGCACUGGAGAGUGUGGCGAGCUAUGGACUUUUACCAAAUAUGACAAAUUAUCUGAUGGGACAAUACAGGAUGGGGUUUACUACUGCUCAAAAUCUUCUGUUUUUCUGGUCAGCUACUACCAAUUUUUUGCCUAUUGUUGGAGCUGUUGUUGCUGAUUCAUAUUUAGGUCGAUUCCUUACUAUUGGCCUUGGUUCCAUCUUCAGUUUCCUGGGAUCAACAGUGUUGUGGUUAACAGCAAUGAUUCCGAAAGCCAGGCCUCCGCCUUGCAAUCAAACAGGACAGGCUUGUAAUUCUACAACGGGACCACAAUACAUGCUCUUGGUUUUCUCGUUUCUGCUCUUGUCAAUUGGUGCUGGAGGUAUAAGACCAUGUUCUUUAGCCUUUGGUGCAAACCAGUUUGACAAGGGAGGUAGCGAUCCCAACAAACAGACAGUGUUGGAGAGCUUCUUUGCCUGGUAUUAUACUUCAUCUGUAGUCUCUGUUCUGAUUGCCCUAACGGGUAUCGUUUACCUUCAAGACAGACUUGGGUGGAAAAUAGGUUUUGGAGUUCCUGCAAUUCUCAUGUUCUUAUCCGCGUUGUUUUUCUUCCUUGCUUCUCCGUUUUAUAUCAAGCCAAAGGUUCGCUCAAAUGUGUUUGCCAGCUUUAUACGAGUAAUUGUGGUUGCCUUCAAGAAUAGGAAACUACAUUACCCCAAUCAGAACUCUGAUUAUCAUCACAAGAAUGGUUCAGGACCUCAAGUGCCAACGGAGAAAUUGAGAUUCUUAAACAAAGCUUGCAUCAUUAAAAGCCCUGAAGAUGUUAAUCCAAACGGAGUUGCAGCCAAUCCAUGGAACCUUUGCACAGUGGAGCAAGUUGAGGAGCUAAAAGCCCUCGUUAGAAUCGUGCCAUUGUGGUCAACAGGGAUCAUGAUAUCAAUAAACUUGAGCCAAAGUUCAUUCCCACUACUACAAGCUCAAUCCAUGAAUAGACAUCUAACUAAAGGAUUCCAAAUUCCAGCAGGGUCAUUCGGGAUGUUUUUGAUGAUUGCAUUAACAAUUUGGGUAUUACUGUAUGACCGCGUGAUGCUUCCAUUGGCAUCAAAGAUCAAAGGAAGACCAGUUCGUCUAAAACCUAUAGUCAGAAUGGGACUUGGUAUAUUCGUGUCUUGCAUGUCCAUGGUAGUCUCUGGUAUUAUCGAAAAUAUUCGACGAAGAAGAGCAAUCAGUGAAGGGCUGUUGAACAACUCGCAGGGGUUGGUGGAGAUGUCAGCAAUGUGGCUCAUUAUACCAAACAGUUUAAACGGUAUAGCAGAGGCGUUGAACGCGAUUGGCGCCACAGAGUUCUAUUAUUCAGAGCUCCCAAAGAGUAUGUCAAGUAUUGCAUCAGCUCUUUUAGGACUGGGAAUGGCAGUUGCAAAUCUUUUAGCAAGUGUUGUUUUGAGUGCUGUGGAUAAGUACACGAAAGGAGAAGGGAAAGAAAGUUGGAUUUCAAGCAAUAUCAACAGGGGACACUAUGAGUAUUACUACUGGCUUCUUGCUCUAAUGACAGGUUUUAAUCUGCUUUAUUUUGUGGUUUGUUGCUGGCAAUAUGGACCUUCUGUUGAUGUUGACAUCACUAUGAGAAUGAUGGAACCUAGCGACGAUGAAGAUGACGAUGACGAUGAAGAUAAAGAUGAUUUGCCUAAGAAGAAUAAAUCUACACCUGACUUGAAUUCCUGCUAGGCUAUUCUCUUAUUACAUUGUUGAUACAUAGUACUAGUAUUUAUACAGAAUUGCUAUUACAUUUUUAGCUACUACUAGUAUAGUAUAUUAUAUAGUCCACUUUCCCUAA